GUUAUUCGUGCAAUACAAUUCUCGCUGGUAGUAAUUCGUUUGCACAGGGUAAUUUGGCAGUACUUUUCAAUGCUACUUCAGCAAAAUCCGGUGAUGAUCAUCCUCUCAAGGCCAAUGUACCCAAUUUAUGGUGUCAGGCAAUGUCCAACCAGACUCAGCAGUUAUUGCCCAUCAAAGAAGCUCACUUUGUACGGGAUAUGAAUAAGGAAAUUCUCCCAGCGCUUAUUAACAAUCAGACGCGAGCAAUUUUAGAAUUUGGUAACACAUCAAUUUUGAGUGCUGGCAGAUAUCGCUGUGAAAUUAUCACCGAAGAAGAUGAAUUAGUAUGGGGAUGGUUAUUCGUGAACAUGCGACCUGUCUUCCAUGUAAAUCAUUCGAAGACAUUGGAUGCAGUUGGAGAUAAUCAUUUCCGCGUUAAAGCUUCCGUUCUGAGAGCAACAGAAGAACCAACCAUUCGGUGGUAUAAAAAUGAUGUGCCUGUUGCGUCGACGGAGCAGAUAACCUUCUUGGAAAAUGAUUUACAAAUUGCGAAAGUUGAAUUUGAUGAUGAGGGAUUUUAUUCAUGUAUUGCACAAAAUUCAUUUUCCAUAUUUCUUGAUGGCAAAAAUAUCCUGUGGGAAUCACGGUUGGAUCGUGAACUUAAGGUGAAAAGCUCAUAUAGAUGGAUUUAUCCACUAAUAGUUAUUAUCAUCACGCUGUUGUUGCUAUUCAUCAUCAUCUAUGCAUGCUCGGCUUUCAAUCGCUAUAAAACAUACAAUGUUGAAAAACGUGAAAGACGGAAGAAGCGACAAACAAAUCUUGGUUAUAAUAAAAAUAUAUCACAACAGCAACCAAUCUUAGGUUAUAAUAACGAACUGGAAUAA